AUGUUCACCUUCACGUUGCUAACGCCAAGUGACUCCAAUAGUGCCUUUCGGGCUUCGUUGUUGAAUUUUGACAAUGAGCUUCAUAUUCUUGCAGACCCAGGAUGGAAUGGAGAAAACCCCGACGAUGUGCUUUUCAUGGAAAAAUACUUGAAAGACGUGGAAUUGAUUCUUCUUUCCCACUCCACUCCAGAAUAUAUCGGUGGAUACAUUCUUCUUUGCACCAAGUUCCCCAGUCUUAUGUCAACUAUUCCAGUCUACGCUACAGUGGCUGUAAGUCAGUUGGGAAGAGUGGCUACUGUGGAAUUUUACCGUACUAAGGGACAUUUGGGGCCCUUAGAAUCGGCAUUUAUGGAGGUCAACGAUGUGGACGAGUGGUUUGACAAAAUCACUCUGAUCAAGUACUUCCAAAACAUGUCCACGUUGGAGAAUAGAAUUUUACUUACGGCCUACAACUCCGGUCACUCUUUAGGUGGAUCAUUCUGGCUCAUAACAAAGAGAUUGGAGCGUAUAGUUUAUGCGCCAACUUGGAACCACUCUAAAGACUCGUUCUUGAAUAGUGCUAGUUUCCUCUCGCCUACGACUGGCAAUCCCAUCUCGGCUUUGGUCAGACCUAGUGCUAUCAUCACAGGAACAGAUUUGGGCUCUACCAUGUCACAUAAAAAGAGAACAGAGAAGUUUCUUCAACUCGUGGAUGCCACGCUUGCUAAUGGAGGUGCGGUGUUAUUACCUACAAGCAUCUCGGGCCGUUUCCUUGAGUUGUUGCACAUUAUCGAUGACCAUCUUGCAGACCUUCAGGGUGCAGCCAUUCCCGUUUACUUUCUCUCGUACUCUGGUACCAAGGUGUUGAGCUAUGCAUCGAAUUUGCUCGACUGGAUGUCGUCGCUGUUGAUCAAGGAAUACGAAGGCAUUGCUGCAGAAGACAGAGCAUAUAGUCGAGUUCCAUUUGAACCUUCCAAAGUGGACUUGUUACUGGAUGCUCGUGAGUUGGUCCAGCUUCCAGGACCUAAAAUCGUGUUUGCUUCAGGUUUGAAUUUCAUGGAUGGAGACUUGUCGUCACAAGCACUUCAACUUCUCUGCCAAGAUGAGAAAACCACCAUAAUUCUCACAGAGAAAUCGCCGUUUUCGACCAAGGAGACCAUCUCGUCAAAUCUCUUUGACGAGUGGUACACUCUAGCAAGCCAGAAAAACAACGGUGUUGCCGAAGACGGCAUUCCAGUUCCAUUAGAGAGAUCAUUUUCUCUCUCAUCAUGGACUCGUGAGGAACCUCUUAACAACCAAGAAUUGGCCAGCUUUAAAGAUAGAACGGCGCAUCUCCGGAAACAAAAAUUGAUGGCCAAGGUUCGUGAUAAGAAAAACAAGAACAUUCUUAACGCAGACUUGAAUUCCGACGACUCAUCCUCAUCUGACGAUGAGGUUUCCAGUGAAGAGGAACAGAUUGAAGAAACCAUCAAGACAGAGGUGAACGCACCUUCCGUCGCCGUGACACAAACUAAUACCACCACAUCGUUGACUUCGCAUGAGGUUUUCCUCACCGACUACGUGAUGGAGAGACUUGAAGCCAACCAGCCAGUGGACAUUCGUGUUACCCACAAGCUCAGGCCCCGGCAGGCAAUGUUCCCGUUUGUGGUGGGUAAGAAGAGAAAGUUUGAUGACUACGGAGAGGUUAUCAACGCCAACGAUUUCCAGAAGUCGGACGAGAACAGCGCAAAUAACAAGCUCAUUAGCGAGAGCAAGAGAAAAUUUGAACUCAGCGAUAAGGGUGGAUGGGGCGAAAGCGAUGGAAUGGAUGACGAUAGAAGGGGCAGAAACGGCAAAGACAGAAACCAUAAUAGCAACAAGUUGACUCCACAGGAAGUGUUGAACAACCAAGUGCUCCAGAAGUACCUCGACACAUUAUUUAAGCCUGUCAAGAGAAUCCCGUUGGGAGCUGCAUCCGCACUUCUGCGUAAUGUUGAGUUGAAAAUGAGAUGUGGAUUAUCUUUCGUAGAUCUCAGUGGUUUGGUGGACUUACGGUCCAUGAAUAUGAUCAUUUCGGUUUUACGUCCAUAUAACUUGGUAUUGCUUCCCGAUUUUACUUACAACCCCAUGUAUCUGGACUCGCUCAAUGGGCUCAAGCAGGUGGAAGCUGCGUUCAGCAAACAAAAAAUAGAGAAGAUGAACGACGUGUCGCAAGAUGCGUUGGCUUCCACGGGGAAAUUCGAUUUGAUGUUGCAUUCGCGUAGAGGUAUUGCGAAGAACUUGUUUACAGAAAUGGGAGUAUUUGUUGCUAACGGAAACCAGACAUUGCAGAUUGGAAGCGAUGGCCAUGGUAGAUUAAGUGAUUUCGAGGUCAAAUUGGAUGAGGAGUUCAACAAGUCUCUUGUGUGGCAGUCAUUGGGUGCAAAUUACAAGGUUUCGCAGAUCCAUGGAGAAUUGGAGAUUUUCGAUGGCAAUGGGGCCGCCAGUGGCAGUGUCGAUGCUUUGGUUAAUUCGGGUACACAGUUUGUAUUGAAACCUUCAUCCAAACCUAUAACCAAGGUAUCUUCGGAUCCCCAAAGCUCUUCUGGCCAAUCACAACUGGUGGAUUUUGGUUCUACCAUAGCUAUUGGCAAUAUCAGGUUGCCGGAGUUGAAGAAAAAGCUUAUUAGUAAAGAUUUGAACGCUGAGUUCAAAGGUGAGGGUACGCUCGUUGUCAACAACGCCAUAGCCAUCAAAAAGAUCUCUACUGACAACUUACAAGGAGAAGAUACGGGAGAUAUUAUCAUCGACGGCCAGGUGGGUCCACUUUAUUACCAGGUAAAGAAAUGUAUCCGGGAACUUCUCGCUUAUGUCUAA